AUGAAAGCCAGGGACUCGUCGCUCAAGAGCAAAAUUGAAAAGGAGUCCAUUGCGCUGUUUAAGAAAAAUUUGCUCAAGGAAAGCUACAGUUGGUUCAAAGACACAGACUACUUCGAAAAGCUGAAGAGUGAGAACAAGUACAGCAAUGGUGAGAACGAGCACGAGACGAAAAAUGUGGUAACGGGUCGUGUGCAACUGGGUUGGGGCGGGACAUUCUUCCUGCUCUGUUGUGUCGUCGUUAUUUGUGACAACUCAGGAUGGCAGUCAUGUAACCAUUACAAUAAUAGCAUUUUCUACUCCCCAGAAGCAUUGACGGUAGUGUACUCGAUUCUGUUCAUAGUAUAUGCAUUUCCUUUAUUCAUAUUGCAUCAAUGUUUGGGGUUGCUGUCUCAAGGAAACUAUGUGAAGUCAUGCAGAAUGUUGUCAUCUCACAUGGGAGUGUUAUCCAUUUUUUCCCUCUUUGGAACCGUAACCUUUUGUGCGAAGGAAAUAUGCAAUUUUUCAGUGGAGUUUUUACAAAACGUAUUGAGAAUUGUCCACAUGAAGGAUGGAGAAAAGAAGUAUGGAAUGACAAAAGUUUUUAUCGACUUAACCAAAAGACAAAGUUCAGAUUGUUCUUUAAUGCCAGACACAAUUUACUUGGAAGCUAUAAAUCAGUGUAUCUCCUUCAAUAAAAAUGUCAUGGUCAAUUUUUAUGAAAAUUUAUGGUUUAUUGGAAAUAAGGAUAAUUAUAUAUACAUUAUUGUAAUAGCUACAAUUUUUAUCCUUUUCUGUUACAUUAUUUUAUUACGAGAAAAUAUUCGAGUCUUUAAAUUCUUCAUUUUUGUUAUUAUUGUUAACUGGAUUAGUAGCAAGUCUGUUGUUAUAAUGAAUACUUUUUUCUUUUAUAUUCCUCAGGAGAAAAAAUUAUAUCAAGAGGUGGUUCAAAUAUUUGAAGAAAUUGGAAUUGUUAAAUUGACCAUCUUUUUGUAUGGUACCAUAGUUAGGAGUUCUUCCAUUUUUAUUCUUAGUACCUUUGCUUCCUACUUUCAUACGAAUACAAAUAUAUUGAGAAUCACCAUGUAUACUUUUGCCUUUUACAUUCUUAAUAUGUAUUUUUAUUUGAAGAAUGAAGCCCAUGAGUAUUACUUGUACAACAACAAAGACUUGGUCACGAUGAAGGAGUUCAAUUUUAUCAAGUGUAACACUUAUGUUAAUUUGUUGCAGGGGUUGGUGGUGCCUGGUCGGAAGGGGGGGGGAUGGGGUGCGUCAUUUUCUUCUUCCUUCCCCUCGUCCUACUUAGAGGCUGCCCAAACGGAAGACGAUAGGUAUGCCGUGUGGCAAAAGCUGUGUCUUUUUUUUAGUUCUUACUCCUUUUUGUUCUCCACCAUCUUUAUCGUGCUUAUGCAGUUGUUGGGUCCAUUCAACAUUUUAAUGGAAAGGGGUAGAAGAAGUGGUUCCUGCCAUGCGGAAGCCAAACAUAACAAUGAAGAACGAGAAAGGAAAAUUUAUACUUACAAAUCGUUAGUUAAACGUUACGAGAGGGAUCGUAUCAAUCGCUCCAUCUCGAAUAACAGAUCAUCCUCUCUCUCUAAAAGGGGAAGAAGCGCCACGUGCAGUGACAAAUCCACUGACAGGAGGAGGGGGCAGGACACGACUACGAGGACAGCCCAGAUAGGCAAAAAAAAUAGUCAUAAAAAAAAUAAAAAAAUAAACUUUUUUUGUUGGAAUUUUUUUUUUAAAGAGAGGAAAGUUGAUGCAGAGAGGGACAACAAGGAAAGUUCCCUCCUCUACUUGUCCAGGAAAAAUAGCUUUCUGCAACGAACCGGACGAGGAGGAGACUACUUCCAAGAGCAUUCCGCACUUUCCAAUGUGCAAAACGGAGGGGAACAAGUGCAACAUGAAUUGCCCUCCUACAAAUGCUUUGACGGGGAACCAAGCGAUUUCAACUUUGGGGGAAGUUCCUUCGAAGACGACAUCAGGGUAGCAGAUCUGGCGACGAGAGAAAACCUCCAAGGGAAAGUGUCACAUCGGCGUCCAAGGCAAAGCAGUACCAGUGCACACAGAAAUGGUAGUAGCAAUAUGUAUGCAGAUAGUGAACCCCCUUCUUGGGGUGCCAGGCGGGAAUUAUUUUCUGACUCCAGUGGUCCAAGUGCGGGUUCCAGUGAGGCUGCAGAGGGUGGAGCAGGUAGCCGGUGGAGUAGUGGGGAGGGCUACUCUGGCAAGGACAGAUCACGGAAGAGUGAUAACGCUGGUAUAGGUGGCGUGAAGCAAAAGAGUCACUUCCACACUCGAAUCAUAGCAAGAGUCACAAGAAUGAAAAACAUAGCCAUCAACAAGUAUGGCACCUUCCUCCUUUUCAUAGUCAUAUAUAUUUUGACCAUUUUUCAUGUGAUAGACUUCCGAAGGAACAACGACAUCGUUAGUGAGAUAAUUUUGAAUUCUCUUUACAGGGGCUUCUUAACUUUUAUUUGUGCUGUUCAAGUGAUUUAUGCGUCAUGGGUAUUUGGGAUGAAGUUUCAGAUGGCCCAGUGCGGAGUUUUCUCAUGCCUUUUAAAUUUUUUCUCCUGGGUUGUUGUGCUGCCCCUGGUGUUUGUAUUCUACUUGGGGGAGGGCAGUUGGUUGCAGGUGUUCAUCAUCGGGCUGUCCCUAAACAUGGCCGCGGUGGCCACGUCCUUCGUGGAGGUUAUUGUCAAGCUGCGCAGGGGAGCCGGCUCAAGCGCCUCGGAGAAUUUAGCGGUGAAAGAGAAAAGCGGCGAGGAGAACUGCACACAGCACACUGCAGAAAACAAGCGACACUACAGUGACUACGCAGCCCUUUUUAAAAAAUGCCUCUACUGGCUAUACAUAGGAAAUAUGGAGGUCCUAAGAAGGAACAUGAAUAUUGCCAUGUCAGGGAAUGAUGAAAAAUACAUCCCCCUUUUUUGGAGCUUCUUUCUCAAGUACAUAAAUUCUUCUAUGCUGAUCGUGGUAGUUAUAUACAAUACGCGUGAGUAUUUUUUUAAUAUGCUACCCAUGUUUGGGUACUCCUUCAGCCUUCAAAUUGAGUUAGGUUCCAUCGUCCUGAUUUUCUUAGGCUCCUUCGCCGUCCUGGCGAAAAACCUCCGCAAGGACCAUUACCGGCCACAAGGCAUCAUCAUACCGUCCGUGCCAAUGUUCUGUCAGGACAAGAACAGGUACAUCUUUGUGAAUUAA